AUGCAGGCAGCGAAGGAAUCGGCAGCCAAAGCAGCGGCCUCCGCUAAGUGUGCCAUGGAGAAGACCAAGGCUGGCACUGGCACAGGAGGAGAAGGGCAUCCCACUGGAACCCACCCAACGUCAACCUUGCCUGGACAAGGCACUGGCGUUCAGAGUACUACUGCCGGAAAAGUGAGCGAAGGUGUGAUGGGGACCCAACCCACUGGGACUGGGACCAACAAAGCUGGCACAGGAAGGCCCAAUGCCAAUAACCCCCGUGAUACGGGUUAUGGAUCUUGA